CCGUGUGCCGCGGCGCCAGAGCAGGAGGCGGCGGCCGCGGGGAUCCCGCGAGCGGCCCCUGGACAUCUACCCUUCGAGCCGGGACCCGGGAGGUCCCCACUGGCCUCCGGGCCCGUCCUGAUCAGACUUGUGCCGACCUCCCCGUCCACGCGCAUCCGGGAGAGCCGCGCCAGGAGACGGACCCCGGCUCGCCGGGACCCCUGGCGCCUGGCCCUGCGUCGGGAGGCUCCAUCAUGGCACCCUUCCUGCGCAUCUCCUUCAAUUCCUACGAGCUGGGCUCCCUGCAGGCUGAGGACGAAGCAAACCAGCCUUUCUGUGCCGUGAAGAUGAAGGAGGCGCUCAGCACAGAGCGAGGGAAGACAUUGGUACAGAAGAAGCCCACCAUGUAUCCUGAGUGGAAGUCAACGUUCGACGCCCACAUCUACGAAGGCCGCGUCAUCCAGAUUGUGCUGAUGCGGGCAGCUGAAGAUCCCGUGUCUGAGGUGACGGUGGGCGUGUCAGUACUGGCUGAGCGCUGCAAGAAGAACAACGGCAAGGCUGAAUUCUGGCUGGAUCUGCAGCCUCAGGCCAAGGUGCUGAUGUGUGUGCAGUAUUUCCUGGAGGAUGGGGAUUGCAAACAGUCUAUGCGUAGUGAGGAGGAGGCCAAGUUCCCAACCAUGAACCGCCGUGGAGCCAUUAAACAGGCCAAGAUCCACUACAUCAAGAACCACGAGUUCAUUGCCACCUUCUUCGGGCAGCCCACCUUCUGUUCUGUGUGCAAAGAGUUUGUCUGGGGCCUCAACAAGCAAGGCUACAAAUGCAGGCAAUGCAACGCUGCCAUCCACAAGAAAUGCAUUGACAAGAUUAUCGGCCGCUGCACUGGCACUGCCACCAAUAGCCGGGACACCAUCUUCCAGAAAGAACGCUUCAACAUUGACAUGCCUCACCGAUUCAAGGUUUAUAACUACAUGAGCCCCACGUUCUGUGACCACUGUGGCAGUUUGCUCUGGGGACUGGUGAAGCAGGGAUUAAAGUGUGAAGAUUGUGGCAUGAAUGUGCACCACAAAUGCCGGGAGAAGGUGGCCAACCUGUGUGGUAUCAACCAAAAGCUCUUGGCUGAGGCCUUGAACCAAGUGACCCAGAGAUCUUCCCGGAAGCUGGACACAGCAGAGUCUUUCGGAAUAUACCAGGGAUUCGAGAAGAAGACAGACGUCUCUGGGAAUGACACCCCAGACAACAAUGGGACCUAUGGCAAGAUCUGGGAGGGGAGCACCCGGUGCACCCUUGAGAACUUCACCUUCCAAAAAGUACUCGGCAAAGGCAGCUUUGGCAAGGUACUGCUUGCAGAGCUGAAGGGCAAAGAAAAGUACUUUGCAGUCAAGUGUCUGAAGAAGGACGUGGUGUUGAUCGACGAUGAUGUAGAGUGUACCAUGGUGGAGAAGCGGGUGCUGGCGCUCGCCUGGGAGAAUCCCUUCCUCACCCACCUCAUCUGUACCUUCCAGACCAAGGAGCACCUGUUCUUCGUGAUGGAGUUUCUCAAUGGGGGUGAUCUGAUGUUCCACAUUCAGGACAAAGGCCGCUUCGAACUCUACCGGGCUAUGUUCUAUGCGGCUGAGAUCAUCUGCGGACUGCAGUUUCUACACAGCAAAGGCAUUAUUUACAGGGACCUCAAGCUGGACAAUGUGAUGCUAGACAGGGACGGCCACAUCAAGAUCGCUGAUUUUGGGAUGUGCAAAGAGAAUAUAUUUGGGGAGGGCAGGGCCAGCACAUUCUGCGGCACUCCUGACUACAUUGCCCCUGAGAUCCUGCAGGGCCUGAAGUACUCCUUCUCUGUGGACUGGUGGUCUUUUGGGGUCCUCCUCUAUGAGAUGCUCAUCGGCCAGUCCCCCUUCCAUGGUGAUGAUGAAGAUGAACUCUUUGAGUCCAUCCGGGUGGACACGCCACACUAUCCCCGUUGGAUCACCAAGGAGUCCAAGGACAUCAUGGAGAAGCUAUUCGAGAGGGACCCUGACAAGAGGCUGGGAGUAACAGGAAACAUCAGGACUCACCCCUUUUUCAAGACUAUCAACUGGUCCCUCCUGGAGAAGCGGAAGGUGGAGCCGCCCUUUAAGCCCAAAGUGAAAUCCCCUUCAGACUACAGCAACUUUGACCCAGAGUUCCUGAAUGAGAAACCUCAGCUUUCCUUCAGUGACAAGAACCUCAUCGACUCUAUGGACCAGGAAGCCUUCCAUGGCUUCUCCUUUGUGAAUCCCAAGUUUGAGCAAUUCCUGGACAUUUGAACUCCCAGACCUGCUUUAAACGCCCCGGCAGAGUAGGCCCAUCUGCCCUGGUUUGCAUCCGCAUUGCCCGUGGAGAAUAGUGGGUGACUGGCUGAUUUCUGCUGCUGCCCCCUCUUCCUCAGAGUCUGGCUCCUGCUGGCUGGGCUCACAGUACUUCCUCUGUGAACUGUUUGUGAAUUUGCCUUCCCUUUGCCAUCAGAGGGAAACUGUAAAUCCUGUGUUUCAUUACUUGAAUGUAGUUAUUGAAAUAUAUAUUAUAUAUAUGCACAUAUAUAUAAUAGGCUGUAUAUAUUGCUCAGUAUAGAAAGCAUGCAGGAGACUGGUAAUGUGUUGACCUUUUUAAAAAAAAAACAUAUGUAUAUGUGUGUGUAUAUAUACAUACACACAUAUACAUAUAUAUGUGUAUGUAUGUACGUAUGUAUAUAUAUAUAUGACCAAAAGAAAAGAAGAGCACAAGCUGUCCGAACCACAGGUUCUUUUAUGUGUGUCUAAAUAAACACUGAAUGGUACCAA